ACGCUUUGUACCAAUGAGAGUCGGAGAAGGGAAUCGCUCGUUGUGUGCGUGAGGGCUAUGAGUUCCCUGUCCCGGUGCUGAAAGGAAAAGAGGUGAAGCUAUAAAGUGAGAAGUGUCUAUAGGAAGAGCGAGAGACGGGCUCCUACACAGGCACAGGCCACCUGAAUUUGACACUGCCGUGCUUCCUCCGAGGGCUAGCAAGCAAUAAUGGCUUCCAACGACAGUACCGGAAUCCUGAGCUCUGCUUACAUUGCUGCUGAAUAUAUAGACACGCUCUUACCGGACAAUCCGUUGCAGCCAUCUUUUAAGUAUGCCUGGAACUACAUGAUGGAUAAUUACACAAAGUUUCAGAUUGCAACCUGGGGGUCUCUGCUAGUCCAUGAGCUAAUCUACUUCCUCUUCUGUCUGCCUGGCUUUCUUUUCCAGUUCUUACCUUUCAUGCAAAAGUAUAAAAUACAGCAGGAUAAACCAGAGACAUGGGAAAGUCAGUGGAGAUGCUUCAAAAUGCUCCUUUUUAAUCAUUUCUGCAUUCAGUUUCCUUUGAUUUUCGGCACUUACCAUUUUACAGAGUAUUUUAACAUACCCUAUGACUGGGAUGCAAUGCCACGAUGGUACAUUCUGUGCGCCCAGUGUUUCGGGUGUGCAGCGAUUGAAGAUACCUGGCAUUAUUUCCUUCACAGAAUCCUUCACCACAAACGCAUAUACAAAUACAUUCACAAAGUGCACCAUGAGUUCACUUCCCCUUUUGGGAUGCAAGCUGAAUAUGCCCAUCCGUUGGAAACCCUAAUACUCGGUGCUGGGUUUUUCAUUGGGAUCAUGGUGUUCUGCAAUCACCUCGUUCUCAUGUGGGCAUGGGUGAUGGUUAGACUGCUGGAAACAAUUGAUGUUCACAGUGGCUAUGACAUUCCUCUGAACCCCUUGCACCUCUUACCAUUUUACGCCGGCGCCCGCUUUCAUGAUUUUCAUCACAUGAACUUCGUUGGUAACUACGCCUCAACGUUCACAUGGUGGGACAGAAUCUUCAACACAGACUCACAGUACAACAACUACAGCGAUAAAAUCAAGGCAACAACAGAAAAGAAGGUAAAAUAAACCGUCUAUUCGUUUUCUUUCCUGCCGGAUCAUAAAUCUCAGCCAAUUCUAUAUGCGAUCACAGAUGGAAGCAAAGUCCUUUUAUGAACAAAGACUUGUAUAUAGCUUGUCUGUGACAGUAAACAACUGUGGAAAUUACCCACAAAUCCAAUAACUGCUGGCCCCAAACCCCCCAAAUGUUCAGCUCAACCUUUGGAAAUGGGAACCAAGGAGGAUGGUAUAAAAACUUCUUUUACACAAGUUGAAAUAACUUUACUAGACGGAACAAGACAAGAAGAUAAAAAAGCAAAGCCAACCAGCCAUCAGACCAGAUGAAUUGUUCAUGACAGCACAGUACUCAUUUUGAGAUGUGGUAUAUUUUUUACACAUGCAUAUAUUUUAAUUAUUUAACGUGUUUAAUUGGUCUUUACAAGACCUGUGCCUCUGACUUUAAUACAUAUAUUAAAUGUGGCAAUCACAGAUGUAAACGGUACAGUUAGAUUGCAUAUGGUUCAGGGCUUGUUUGCACUUUCAAUUGGUUACAGGUUUUUUUGUUGGCUGAUGGCACUUGUAUCAUUUCUCUGGCAGUUGAAAAGCAUCCGGUAGUGUCUUCUGUGAUUACUGGCACUUUUCAGCUGGAAACCCCCUCUAGCGAGCGGCCUGAAAACACACGUGCCAUAACUCUUUAAGGAACAUUAACAACAAAUAAUAAAAGUGUUUUAAAGUAAUGAAAAUCAAGUGUACUGUUGUCUUGCACUGGUAAAACUGGUGUG